AUGGCCUUCUCCACUAGAACCUCCCUCUUCUUCUUCUUCACAACACUUGUUCUUCUCUCCACUCAAACCAAUGCAAGAGACAGCUACUUCUUUGGGAAAUUCCACCGAGAAUCCUCCAAAGACCAAAACCCUAACAAUGUCCUCCCUCUCGAGACCAGCGAGAAAACAACAGUUGAAGAAUCCAUCCCCAACGAAAAAGAGCAAGAACAAGAUCCUACUUUUGUCCCUGAGUCCGGAAGCGGCUAUGGCUUGUAUGGUCACGAGACCUCCUACAACAACAAAGAGGAGUUCAACAACAACAACAACAAGUAUGAUGAAAAAGUCAACGGCGAGACUUUCUCCACUCCAAGCCUGAGCGAGACCGAAGAGUCUUACAACAACUACGACGAAAAGUACCCCAAGAAGGCAGAGAGCUACGACAAUAACCGUUACAACAACGAAGAGUUCAACAACAAGUACGAUGAAAAGUACCCAACGAAGACGGAGAGCUACAACAACAACGAAGAGUUCAACAACAACAACAAGUACGAUGACAACGUCAAGGAAAAGUCUUUCUCCGGGAACAAUGAAGACAAGAGAAGCUUCUACAACUCCAACGCUUACGGGACGGAGUUAGAAACUGAAACGCCGUACAAAGGUUACAGCCACAAUUUGGAGAAACAAGGCAUGAGUGACACAAGAUUCAUGGCAAAAGGUAACUAUUACUACGACCUCUACAACGCCAAAAACCACGGCCAUUUCUACCGGAAGCCUCACCAGAAAACCCCCGCCGGCUACUAUUCUGCUCCGGCGACCGAGAGCAACUACGAACAGUCGAAUUCGUACGGAAACAACAACAACAAUGAGGAAGAGAAGAGCUUCAAGGAUCCAUACAAUUCCAAGUGGGAGAACAACAUGGUGAACGAACAGCCUGAGGAGUUUGUUGAGGAGCAAGUAGAUCAGUUCAAGCCUUGA